AUGGAUUUAGUCUCUCUGGAUACAUCAAAACCUAACAAGAAAACAAAAAGGGCGAAAAAUAGAAGGAUUGAAUUGCACUCUGAUGAUGAAACCAGUACGCCAGAAGUUCGUACAAGAAAUACGAGAGCUCGCAGGAAGAAAACUGGUUCAAAGGAGAAUAAUAAGAAAAAAACUAAAUCACCAAAAACUCAAAACAUCGAUUCGUAUUGUGAUUCUGAAGUAGCAAAUAAAGAAAAUGCUUCAGAAAAUAAAACAUCAAAUACUAAGAAAAGGGGAUCAAAAAGGCUAAAGAAGCAGUCGAAAAUUGAUAAGGAUUUUUCGGAUGCAUCCCCUACCAAUUGUGGCCCUAUUAAUAGUACUUUGAAAGUUAUAAACAGUACUUUUGAAGUUGAAGAGAACAUUUCUCAAGUUGAAAACAGCACUUUUGAAGUUGAAAACAGCAUUUUUGAUGUAUCUGAACUUCCUCUGGCUUCUGCAAAGAAACCAAAAAAUAUCGUUAGAAAAAGUUCAUCAAAGAGUCCAAUUAAGGGGAAAAAUAUUAGUAGUACAACAAAAUCUUCAAUUAAUAAGAGUAAAGGAAUGACCAUCAAAGAUAAGUCGUUGAGAUUUUCGACAUCACCAGAUUCCAUCUCCGAGGCGAAAAAAGGUACCCCGAAAGCAUCUGAAACAAUGUCUGAAAUUAUGGUUCAAGAUACUAAUUCAUCAGACCCUGAAGCUACCAAAUAUCUACAAUCUAGGGUUACUAGACGCAAACAUUGGGAUACAUCGAGCAGUUGUUCAAUUUUAAACAGUUCAGGGCUAGUUAUGAACCUCUACCCAAAGAAAACCGAUUCUUCUGGAAACUUCUCAGAAAAGAAGGAAGCUUCUGGUACUAAUAAGAAAGUGAAAAAGGAAACUGGAACGACAGGAAAAAAGAUCAAAAUUCCCGAUUUCGCUUCAAUACAUAAAAAAAGAAACGAAAAAAUUGAAAACAUUGAAGAAAUGCUGGCGAGAAAAUCUGCUAGGGCAAAUCGGUUGCUUUCGGGCCUCAAACCAGAAAGUACCGCAUCCAGUCAUAUUCCUAAGAUUAAGAAGAAAUUGAAUUUCUCUCCUAAGAAGAAAUUGGAAUUGGCGGUGAAAAUCAGGGAGCAGCUUCAAAGAAAAUCAUCCCCUAAGAAAGAGAUGACUGCAGACGCUUUACCAACGAAAAAACGCUCUUUGGAGAAAAUUAGAAAGGUUGAAGGCCAUCUGUUAAAAAUAUCUAAACCUCCAAAAACCAGUGGGAAUAUAAAAUUUUCUUUAAACAAGUCAAAUACCAAGCUGAAAAAGAAGCCUUCUUUGGACAAGGCACCGAAACCGGAGGUAAGAAUCUCCAAACCACUAUCUUCAAACAGCGAAUUGCAAUCAUCUACAAGAACAACAAAAUCGAAAAUACCAUUGAUUAUUAAGGCACCCGCUAUCCCAAAUAUUCCCACCAUAAAAACCACCAGAAAUCAUAAUUUUAAACCCGAUAAAAUGGCUGUAGCGAAUAAAGUUCGAACCCGUCGAAGUCCAAAACAAGAUUUAAAUUCGAAACGACAGUUCCUUAACUACGUGAGGACCAACAGACGAUUUGAUUUGCUUAUGGAAAUGAGGAAGAUAAAAAAUUGA